CCGCGGGCGCGGGGCGCGGCGGCGCGCCUUCCCGCUGCCGCGGUCGGCGGAGGUGGGCGCGGGCCGUUGGGGCCGCUUGCGCCUCUUCCUGGACACGGCGGAGGAUCGUCGGAGUGGGAGAACUACUUGCCCCUGGGCUUCUUCCAUGUCGAAGGAGACACCUAGCCUCGCCCUCCAGGCGAAGGGCGAGUCCGCCCCGCUCUUCUGCGGCUCGGUGGUGGUGAAGCUCCCCCUGACGCGGGACGGCAUGCGCGCCGCGGCUCAGCUGCGCCGGCGGCACACCCAGGAGAGCGUUUUUUCGGCGUCGCCUGGGAGCGUGUGCAAGAGCACGGCUGGUUUUAGGUCGGGCAUGUCCCUCUACAGGAGGAAAAUCCAAAAAUAG